AUGGCGGACCAGGGGAAUUACAACAACUGGACCAAAGCUGGCUUGAUCCAGCGGGUGAAGGAGCUGGAGAAGGAGUUGAGAGUGGCUACAUCAUCCGGGCCAAUUUCAACAUCAAACAAUGAGGUCGCCCAGGCGGCGCCUGAACAGCAACAGCAACAAGCGGGAGAUGGAGAAUUAUCCCAGCCGGUUAAAAAGCCCAAGGGCAAGAAGAAGAUGGACCCCUCAAAAUAUUCCACUCGGUUCAUCGCCCUGAAGCUGGCAUAUCUGGGCAAAAACUUUGGCGGCUUCGAGUUCCAGGCUCAGGGCAACCAACCGUCCAUCGAGGAGGAGUUAUGGAAUGCCCUCACCAAGGCGUGCCUCAUCUUUCCCGAAGACGAAAAGGUCGUGGACUUUGACUGCUGCGAGUACUCCAAGUGUGGACGGACAGACCGCGGUGUUAGUGCCUUUGGACAGGGCCAAGACCAAAAGAAAAGCAAGCCAAAAGCGCCGGCAAAACCCUUUGACGACAUUCGCGAUGAGAUCCCUUACCCCCAUGUUCUCAACCGCCUGCUGCCCAAGGAAAUCCGAAUCCUGGCCUGGUGUCCAGCACCACCUCCCGACUUCUCUGCCCGUUUCUCAUGCCGAGAGCGCCAGUACAGAUAUUUCUUCACGCAGCCCGCCUUUGCUCCCACGCCAUCUCUCAUCGAAACCUCCGCAGCAAAGGAAGGAGGCAAAGGAAACAGGGACGAGACGAAGAAGCUCAUGAAGCCAGGCUGGCUGGACAUCGAAGCCAUGCGCGACGCAGCAAAGCGGUACGAAGGAGAGCACGAUUUCCGCAACCUCUGCAAGGUCGACCCCGCCAAGCAAAUCACAAACUUCAAGAGGCGCAUGUUCGAAUCGGACAUUGUCGAAGUGAAGGAUGCCGCAUCCGCUUUACCGUACCUCAAAGCCGCAGGCUUCGCCCCCGAGGACAUGGACCUCUCGUCCGGCGAAGCAUACCCAAAAGUCUACUACUUCCACGUCCGCGGCUCGGCCUUCCUGUGGCACCAAAUCCGCCACAUGGUCGCCGUCCUCUUCCUCGUCGGCCAGGGCCUUGAGAAGCCCUCCCUCAUCAGCGAGCUGCUCAACGUCGAGAAGAACCCGCGCCGGCCAAACUACGUCAUGGCCGACGAGGUGCCCCUGGUGCUUUGGGACUGCAUCUUCCCGAGCGACCUGAGCGACUCCGUAGCGCCGCAGCGCAAAGAUGACGCCCUGAAGUGGAUAUACGUCGGCGAGGAUGGGCCUAGUGGCCGGUUCGGCCAGUUUGGCAUCAUGGACGACGCAUGGCAGAUGUGGCGUGGGAGAAAGAUGGACGAGAUCCUCGCGGGCCAGCUGCUGCAGCACAUUUCGCAGCAGGGGAACAAUGGCACUACUGCCGCGGCGGUGGGCAAAGCCGCGCCCGCCAUUGCCAAUAGCACCAAGGUUUUUGAAGGGGGGAACAACGGGAGAUUGAGCGGAAAGUAUCCCGGCGUCAUGAACAUGAAGCUGCUGGAGUCAGCGGACGAGCAGAAUGACAAGUAUGCGAAGCGAAAGGGGUAUGCGAACGCGGAGGACAUGAGGGCGAAGAAGGGGAUGAAGUCGAAUAAGACAGAGGAGGGUGAUGCCGUCAUGGCUGACGAGUAA